GCCCAGAGGAAGUGGGGAGGAGACUGGCUGGGAACCCCUCCUCUCCUCCGGCUCGGAUCUCCUCCCGGUUAAGCUCCAGGCUUUCGGCGGCUGCUCGGAGGCUCCUUGGUGCUCCGCCGAGAGUCCCCUGUUUAGCCCUCCUGGUGCGGUCCUAGAAGCGCCAAGACAGCUGCCGGGUGGAAUUGUAGGAAACCAACAGAACCAUGGCAACUCCCUCUGCUGCCUUUGAGGCCCUUAUGAAUGGAGUAACAAGUUGGGAUAUCCCCGAGGAUUCUGUUCCAUGUGAACUGCUUCUUAUUGGAGAGGCUGCAUUUCCUAUAAUGGUAAAUGACGUGGGCCAGGUCCUCGUUGCUGCCUCUUCCUAUGGCAGAGGUCGCAUGGUGGUAGCAUCUCAUGAGGACUUCUUGGUGGAAAGCCAGCUCUUUGUCUUUCUUGUCAAUGCUGUUGGGUGGCUCCGUUCCUCCCCUGAAUCAGCCAUUGGUGUGCACUCAUCGUUAGCACCAUUGGUGAAAAUCCUCGAGAGCUGUGGAAUAGAGUCAAAGAUUGAGCCUGAAGUGAAUGACUCCCUGGGGGUUUACUGCAUCGAUGCCUACAAUGAAACCAUGACAGAUAAGCUAGUCCAGUUUGUGAAACGUGGCGGGGGCUUGCUCAUAGGAGGCGAAGCCUGGGAUUGGGAUCCCCAGGGUGAUGAAGAUGAUAGAGUUCUGUUUGCAUUUCCUGGGAAUCUGGUGACCAGUGUGGCUGGUGUGUACUUCACGGACAACAAAGCGGACACAAGUUUCUUUAAAGUCUCCAAGAAGAUGCCUAAGAUACCCAUCUUAGUUCGUUGUGAUGAUGACCUCUCAGAAGACAGAGACGAGCUUCUGCGUGGCAUCAUAGACCUGGACAUCACCAACUCGGACUGCUUCCCAUCCCAGCUACUAGUGCAUGGGUCGUUGGCUUUUCCUCUGGGGCUAGAUACCUACCAUGGCUGUGUGAUAGCUGCUGCUCGCUAUGGCCGGGGUCGGGUAGUUGUAACUGGUCAUAAGGUAUUAUUCACUGUGGGUAAACUCGGCCCCUUUUUGCUCAAUGCUGUCCGCUGGCUGGAUGGUGGCCGCAAAGGCAAGAUUGUGGUGCAGACAGAGCUGAGAACGCUAAGUGGUCUGCUCGCGGUAGGGGGUAUAGACACCAGCAUUGAGCCCCACCUGACCAGUGACGCAAGCGUCUAUUGCUUCGAACCCACAAGCGAUGUGGGGGUUAAGGAACUACAGGAGUUUGUAGCAGAGGGUGGUGGCCUGUUUGUUGGAACCCAAGCCUGGUGGUGGGCUUUUAAGAACCCAGGAGUGUCCCCUCUGGCUCGAUUCCCAGGAAACCUGCUCCUCAACGCCUUUGGUAUCAGCAUCACAAGCCAAAGCCUCAAUCCGGGACCUUUCCGUACCCCUAAAAUAGGAACAAGGACCUAUCACUUCCGCUCUACCCUAGCAGAGUUCCAGGUGAUAAUGGGCAGGAAGAGAGGGAAUGUGGAGAAGGGCUGGCUAGCCAAGCUAGGCCCAGAUGGGGCAACUUUCCUGCAGAUUCCUGCAGAGGAGAUCCCUGCUUACAUGUCUGUGCACAGACUCCUGCGGAAGCUGCUGAGCCGCUAUCGGCUUCCAGUGGCAACAAGAGAGAACCCGGUCAUCAAUGACUGUUGUAGGGGGGCCAUGCUUUCCCUGGCCACAGGUCUGGCCCACUCUGGAAGUGACCUUUCACUGUUGAUCCCAGAAAUUGAAGACGUGUACAGCAGCCGCUACCUGCGCCCCUCAGCUUCUCCCAUCACCGUGGAUGUCAAUUGCACCAAUCCAGGCACUCGAUACUGCUGGAUGAGCACUGGACUCUACAUACCUGGAAGGCAAGUUAUAGAUGUCUCCUUGCCUGAAGAUGCUGCCUCUGCUGAUCUGAAGAUACAAAUUGGCUGUCAUACGGAUGACCUGACCAGGGCCAGCAAGCUGUUUCGAGGCCCGCUUGUGAUUAACCGGUGUUGCUUGGACAAACCCACAAAAUCAAUCACCUGCCUCUGGGGUGGUCUCCUCUAUAUCAUUGUCCCCCAGAAUAGCAAACUGGGUUCUGUGCCCCUCACAGUGAAGGGGGCUGUCCGUGCUCCAUUCUACAAGCUAGGGGAGACAUCCAAGGAGGAAUGGAAGAGGCGUCUCCUGGAAUAUCCAGGUCCGUGGGGAGAACUGGCCACCAACAACAUCAUCCUGACUGUGCCCACUGCAAAUCUUCGGACCCUGGAGAAUCCUGAACCACUGCUCCGCCUCUGGGAUGAGAUAAUGCAGGCUGUGGCUAAGCUGGGAGGCGAGACCUUCCCUCUGCGUCUGCCGCAGAGGAUAGUGGCUGAUGUUCAGAUCUCAGUAGGCUGGAUGCAUGCAGGGUACCCCAUCAUGUGCCAUCUGGAGUCAGUACAGGAGCUCAUCAAUGAGAAGCUCAUCCGGACCAAGGGGCUGUGGGGUCCUGUGCAUGAGCUGGGCCGCAACCAGCAGAGGCAGGAGUGGGAGUUCCCUCCACAUACUACGGAAGCCACAUGCAACCUAUGGUGUGUUUAUGUGCAUGAAACGGUCCUGGGCAUACCUCGAAGCCGUGCCAAUAUUGCACUCUGGCCCCCCGUUCGGGAGAAGAGAGUCCGAAUCUACUUGAGCAAGGGACCUAGCGUGAAACACUGGAACGCCUGGACUGCAUUGGAAACAUACCUACAGCUCCAAGAGGCCUUUGGUUGGGAGCCAUUUAUUCGUCUCUUCACCGAGUACAGAAACCAGACAACGAGUUCGCCCUCAGACAAUGUCGACAAAAUGAAUCUAUGGGUCAAGAUGUUCUCCCAGCAAGUGCAGAAGAAUCUGGCUCCAUUCUUUGAAGCCUGGGGCUGGCCUAUCCAGAAGGAAGUGGCUACAAGCUUAGCCUAUCUGCCUGAAUGGAAAGAAAAUAUAAUGAAAUUGUACCUCCUCACACAGAUGCCCCACUGAAACUGAAGUCCAGGAAUACAAAAGAAAACUGCGACUUCUCAGCAAAGGAAACUAAAAGCAUUUGGUUGGAGAAGAUCUCAACAAAUUUCUGGAAGAGAGAAAGUAAAUGAAGAGAAAUAAUGAACAGGAAACAUGGCGGUCCAUUUCAGACAGAAUACACUGAUCCGAACACUGGAACCCCAAAGAGACUUGAGCACUAGAAAACUCUAGCUACUAAAUAAUUGUACCAGUUGUAAAUUGAUCCCCCCAUUCUAUUCAGCCCCAACCCUUGUACAUAGAAAUCAGAAAGCCUACCAUUGAAACUAGUGAAACUGUUAUUGUUAUUGUUGUUUGAAUAAAGAAAUCAAAUAAACCACCUGAGGAGAGGUAAAGAAUUAGUGCUCCAAACGAUAUUCUUUUCAUGGAAAUAAGUGCCCCACUAACAUGUCAGAUAAUUUUCUUCUCAGAGUUGAGACCCUUACUCGCAUACCCACAGCUUCUAGGUAGAGCAGCAAUUUACUGGAGAAACAGGAGUCAUGUCAUGAGCUGAUAGU